AUGUUCGACCUUUACAAUGCUUUGCAUACAAUGCCAUCAGGCGAGCACCUUACAGCGCGUAAAGCUACGAAAAUGAGAUUUAUUCAAUUGGAAUCAGAACAGUUGAGAUCGUAUGUUGAAGAUCUAGAAUCUUCUCUAGCAAUCUAUAAACAAGUGCUGAAGGAAUUGUUAUUCUCAAAACCAGGGACUGAAAAAAGUGUCUGUGAUGAAGCUGAAACUCAAUCGGUAAUUUCUCCAAGGAUUAUUGAAACGCUAAUAGCUGAAAAAAGAGCUUUAGAGGAAAGGGUAAGGAGAAUUACCAUUGAAAGAAAUGAUGCCAUGCAUAAAGCAAGAACGAGUGAACAGACUGCAAAUUGUGCCCAGGCCAGAGAGGAAAAAAUUAUUGGAGACUAUGAAGCUCAAUAUGCAGAGUGUCUAGCAGAGUCAGAGACAAAAGAGUUACAAAUUGCGGAUUUGGAAAAAAAGAAUAAUGUAUUGGAAAAGGAUGUUGAGCAAUUUAAUAUUAAUAAAGAAAACCAGCUUACUAUUCAAGAUCAAAAAGGAUUGCUCUACAAAAAAAUAGAAAUUAUGGUAGGUAUAGUGAAAAAAAUGAAAGAAAAAUAUAUUAAAAUCAACAAAGAAAAUGAAGACUUAGCCAAUCAGUGUAAAUUAUUGCUGGCUGAUCAUACUAGAGGGAAUGAUCUUUUAAGAGAAAAGCAAAGGGAGUUUAGCUUAUCAGACAUCAUCGUCAGCCCAAAAAAAGAUAUCACUUUUAAUGAUUUUUUUUGCAAUCCUAACCAUCAAGAGCGCUCAAUUGAAAUUAACUAUGAAAACCUUGAAAAGCAAAAAAAAGCAUCAUGAAAGAAUAAUAAUUAUGAAUAUUCACCUUCACAGAAAAGAAUGGCAGAACUACAAAAUAAAAUUUCCAAACUUCAAGACCAAAGAGAUGAAUACACAUUAAAAAUCAACACAAUUUCUCAAGAGGUCCAAAAAGCUAACUUUCCCCUAAUUGAGCGAGCAACAAUCAAAAAAAUUACUAUAUUUUUUUGGAAAAGCCCUCAUACAUAGCGAGGAAAUUUUUGUAAAAGUAAUUUGAUAGAUAAUAAUUACUUAAAUGAUCUUUAAACAGCUUAUAUUACAUGAAUAUUAUAAAUUGAAUUGAAUAUAUAAAUAAGCUUAUAAAAUUUUUAAAAAAAUUAAUUCCCUGCAUUAAUGGUCACAUUUUUUUGAUUAUUCAUAGAGGUGGGGAGUAAGAGGCUGCAAUCUGUUCUUUUAUAUGAUCAAAAAAAUAUUCAGAAGUCUAUAGACAAGAAUAAAAUAAUAGAGCAGUCAUUGGAUAACCAAUUAAAACAGAUGACAAUACCUCGAACUUCUAUACAAUCUAAGUCUUCUAACGAGACUCCACUUAUAAGACAUUGUUACGCCACAUCAAAUCCUUUAGACUACGCCCAAAUCAGUGAAAUUCAAAAAGCCGCCAAUGCUUCUGAUUCUCCUGAACUUUUUUCCAAAGACUUCUACGAAACUAAUGCAAAUGAUGUUUCUAUUAUCCAAAACAAAUACGUCGAAGAUGAGAUGCUCGCAGACAGUGUUUUGCUUGACUGCCUCAAGUUCUAG